AUGAGCACUGUAAGACAAUCGGUUAGCGUCCGUGACCUCGUGGAGGAAGCUAAGAAGCGGAGUGUUUUUUUUAUCAUAUGCGUUAUUGGACUGUCCUACCUCAUGUCCUUGACAAGCUCAUCAGUUUUAGUCAACUUGCCUGCUGCUGCAUUUCUAAUAAUAGUACUUCGCUACUUAUCUCUGGAUUUGGAUAUGAGGAGGAAAACAGCAACUUACAAAGGAAAACCAAUAUCUGCAAACUAUUCUUCCGAGAGGAAACCUUUUGAGGAUACUAGAGUUAUUGCUGAGAAGUAUGAUUGGAAGCUGAAAGUGAAUUCCCCUGUUGUUGAGGAUGCAAUCGACCAGUUCACUAGACAUAUUGUCUCAGAGUGGGUAACAAAUCUCUGGUACUCUCGCAUAACUCCUGAUAAAAAUGGCCCAGAAGAGCUUGUGCAGAUCAUAAAUGGUGUACUUGGGGAAAUUUCACGUCGUAUGAGAAGUGUUAAUCUCAUAGAUCUUUUAACAAGGGAUAUUAUUAAUGUUGUAUGCAGUCAGCUGGAGCUUUUUCGCACAGCUAAGACAAAGAUUGAGAAACAAAAAUCUAGAGUCUUAACCAUUGAAGAGAGAGACGUUGAAUUAAAAUUUGUGCUGGCUGCAGAAAACAAAUUACACCCUGCUUUAUUUUCUGCUGAAGCUGAGCACGAGGUUCUCCAGCGAGUUAUGGAUGGCCUCAUUAUGUUUACAUUCAAGCCAGAGGAUCUGCAGUGCUCCUUAUUUCGUUAUAUUGUUCGGGAGCUACUUGCCUGUACCGUAAUGAGACCGGUGAUAAAUCUAGCUAGCCCAAGGUUUAUUAAUGAGAGGAUUGAAUCUCUAGUUAUUUCAAGAAGCAAGACUGAUAAAGGAAGUAAGGUGAUAGAUGCGGCAUCACUUUCAAAACCAAAUGGAUCGUCAAAGAUAUCAUCCGAUUUUUCUCGUUUUAUAGAUCCUUCCAUCAAGGGUGUUGAACUUGUAGAUUUGAAGGACCAGUCUAAACAUGAUGUUGAGAUUCCUGCAUCAUAUAAUACGAAGAGAACACUUCUUUCCAAAGAUCCAUUACUUUCUCUUGAUACACGAUCCACUCGGUCUUGGAGUUCUUUACCAGAAACGCAUAAUGGUGAGGGAAGAGGGUUGCAACAACAACACUCUGGUGGAGAAUGGGGAGACAUGCUAGAUGUGGUUUCCCGCAGAAAAACUGAGGCCUUGGCUCCAGAAAAUUUUGAUAAUAUGUGGACAAAAGGAAGAAAUUACAAAAGGGAGGAAGGGUCAAAUCAGCUGGCUGAUCCUAAGAAACACAGCUCUUCGGUGGGGGUAUCUAAAUCAGUGGAGCAGUCAAAAGUGCUUAGUGGACAGAAGAAAAAGGAAUUAGAAACUAAGGAUAUGUUUUUUGAGAAAGAUGUUUCAAUUUCUAUUUCUGGACGAGAUAAAUUCUCUGGGGAGGACAAUAUGAUCAUGAGGGACAAUUUGAAAGACCAAGGUUGCACAGCUGGUUCUUUAAAUAAAGAGAGGGAUGAACAUAAUAUUGUGAAUUCUGAUGAAUCAGGGACCAGUAGUUACACUGAGGAUGAAGACAACAGCUGUGUAACAGGUCUUGAUUCACCAGGGGUUAGAGUUUGGGAUGGUAGAAGUAAAAGAAACUCCAGUAACAUUCAUCAUCCACUUGAAACUUUGGACGGUCAUAAGAGUAAAAAAAUGAGCACAGGCCGCCUCCACUCUCAAAGAAUGAAAAAACCAAAAUCUGCAAAGAAAAGAUCCAGGUCUGGCAGUGAUAAUGGGCAUGUCUGGCAAGAGGUCGAAAGAACAAGUUUCUUAUUGGGAGAGGGGCAGGAUUUGCUGAAUUCUUCCAAAGGAAAUGUUAAAUCUGAAGACUCGAGUGAUGAAUCUGAGGCAGAAUUGAUAGGUAGAAUACAUAGUGGAGAAACAACUUCUUCAUCUGUGUCCUUGGCUUCUUUACCUGAAAGUCAUAUUUUGGCUGCUAACUCUGCAAAAAAUUCAAUUAUUGCUGAUUCUUUUUUCAAGUUAAGAUGUGAGGUAGUGGGUGCCAAUAUUGUGAAGAGUGGGUCCGAAACUUUUGCUGUUUAUUCCAUAUCUGUUACAGAUGUAAAUAGUAACAGUUGGUCUAUCAAAAGAAGAUUUCGUCAUUUUGAGGAAUUACAUCGCCGCCUUAAAGAGUACCCUGAAUACAAUCUCCACUUGCCACCGAAGCAUUUUCUAUCAAGUGGUCUGGAUGUUUCCAUAAUUCAACAACGUUGUAAAUUGCUUGACCAGUAUCUGAAGAAGCUUCUGCAGCUGCCUACUGUUUCCUGCUCUAUUGAAGUCUGGGAUUUUCUUAGUGUUGAUUCUCAGAUGUAUAUUUUCUCAAAUUCAUUAUCCAUUCUCGAAACUCUUUCAGUUGACCUGGAUGACACAGCUCGCGAAACUUAUAAAGAAUAUAUGGAUAACAUAGGGCCAGUAAUUGGUCCGUUAUCCUCCAAAAGAGAAAAUUUGGGUAAUAAAAAUAAGGAAUCCUCAUUACUAAUCAAGGGUGAUCCUGUUGCUGAUGGAGCAAGAUUGAAAACAAAAGAACCAGCACUUUCUCCACCAAAAAAGCCCGCGAAAGGGUUUGAAAAGGCUUUUGAUGAUUCCAGUAGUGACUCUGCUGAUCCGGAGCAAAAGAACCUAAUCUUGGCUAAAAAAUUGGAAAAAACUGUAAAAAGUAACGAGGAAGCUUUAUGUGCAUCUGGGUCUAUGGAUGCUGCCACUGAUCUAGCCAUUCCUAGUGAGUGGGUGCCACCAAAUCUAAGUGCUCCCAUAUUGGAUUUAGUUGAUGUCAUUUUUCAGCUUAAAGAUGGGGGAUGGAUAAGGAGAAAGGCUUUCUGGGUGGCUAAACAAGUUCUACAAUUGGGAAUGGGAGAUGCCUUUGAUGAUUGGUUGAUUGGGAAAAUCCAGCUUCUGCGCCGGGGAUCGGUUGUUGCUUCUGGGAUCAAGAAGUUGGAGCAGAUACUUUGGCCAGAUGGAAUAUUCAUAACAAAGCACCCAAAGCGUCAGCGACCUGCACCAUCUGCAAGCCCAGCCCAUGGAUCUCCCCAGGACCAACGUACUCCUUUUUCUUCACCAGAAAUAGAUGAACUGCAGAAGAUGCAGCAGAAGGAGGCAGAACUGCGAGCAAAAUUUGUAUAUGAACUAAUGCUUGAUAAGGCACCAUCUCCUAUUGUAGGUCUUGUUGGACACAAGGAAUAUGAUGAAUGUGCCAAGGACCUCUACUAUUUCAUUCAGUCAUCCGUUUGUAUGAAGCAACUAGCCUUUAAUCUUCUUGAGCUGCUGCUGUUGUCACUAUUUCCAGAGCUUGAUUAUGUAUUCCGAGAGUUAGAAAAUGAGAAAGAGAAGUUCGGAAAAUUCAAGACGAGGUGA